UUUUUUGAUAAGUUGUCGCCGACGUUGAAUGGUUUUUUUUUCGGUGUCAACUGUUCCGCUGCUGACACCAUCUUAUCAUCACUGUUUGCAGUGCUUUGUCUAUCAUUUUGCAGCUGGCUGAAACGUUUAGGGUUAGAGUAUAUCUGCUUGGUGUCGAAACGAUUUUGUUGUGGUUAUUCUUUUCUUUGGUUUCUAUUUUGACUCUCCCCUAUACAUCUACCCAUAUAUUAACGGAUAACCCUGCGUUGGAUCCUUUAUAGCUGUGUCAGUUUCUCCCUCGUAAAGAAGGAGUACAUUUCCAAACAACUUAUGGUUGAACCCAUGAAAAACCCCUUCGUCCACAGACUCAAUCUUGGACCUGUGGAUGUAAUAAAGAUUGGAGUGAUGUCUUUCACCAUUGCACCUAUACGGAUCCUCAUUGCAGGAAUUCUUUUGCUGCUUGCUUGGAGUUUGGCUUCUUUGUCUCUUCUUUUUCAAACUGAAAUAGAAAGACAGAAACCUCUCAUAGGAUGGAGAAAGAUCGUGAACUAUGUACUCCUAAAAAUCUCUCGGAUCAUCUUCUUUGUGAUGGGAUUUCACUGGGUGAAAGUCAAAGGCCACUGUGCACAAGCAAAAGAAGCACCAAUUGUGUGCAUUGCUCCCCAUUCCAGCUUGUUUGAUGCACUAGUAUUUUUUAUGAUUCCUGAAUUACCUGCUGUGGUGUCAGCUGUAGAUCAUAUAAAAGUACCUUUCAUCGGAAAACUGAUCCAGUUCACUCAGCCAGUAUUUGUAUCUCGAGAAGACCCUAAUUCCCGACUUAAUACAAUCAAAGAAAUCAACAAGAGAGCUCAUUCAAAAGGAGCAUGGCCACAAAUUGUUAUUUUUCCUGAAGGGACAUGCACCAACAGAUCUUGUUUGAUAGGGUUUAAGCCAGGUGCUUUUUAUCCUGGUGUCCCUGUUCAGCCUGUAUGCGUUCGUUACCCUAAUAAAUUGGAUACUAUAACUUGGACUUGGGAUGGACCUGAUGCAUUUAAAGUAUUAUGGUAUACACUGUGCCAGUUUCAUAAUAAUGUUGAAAUAGAGUUUCUACCUGUACAUAUACCAAAUGAACAAGAAUUAAAAGAUCCAAAGUUAUUUUCUGAAAAUGUUCGCCUACAAAUGGCCAAAUGUUUGAAUUGUACUGUAACAGACCACACCUAUGAUGAUUGUCGGCUGGUAUUAUGGGCUGCAAAAGUGAAAAUUCCUAUUGUUAAAAGAAUUGUUGAAAUUUUUAAGCUUCAUAAAAAGCUUGGCUUUAACACAGAAGCCAUGAAUGAAGUUCUACUCAGAAUUCGUCGAAAAGUUUCUUCUGAACCACAAGAAAAGAUAACGUAUAGAGAAUUUUCUGAAUACUUAAAUAUAUCACAAAAUGACAGCUUGCAGCAGUUGUUUAAAAUUUAUGAUUUUGAACAGACUGGCCACAUUGAUUUAAGAGAUUAUGUAGUAGAUCUGUGUUUGGUUUCUGGUCCUGCUACUAUUGAAGAGGUAUUGAAAAUGGCCUUUCAAGCAUUUGAAUAUGGACAUGAAGGAUUUAUCAGAAGUCAAGGUUUUAAAUCUGUUAUGGUACACAUAUUUGAAAUGUCUGAUAGUGAAUGUCAACAGAUUUUUCAAGAUAUAGAUUCUGAUAAUGAUCUGAAAAUUACUUUUGAUGAGUUCUAUGGAUUUUCCAAGACACAUCCAAAAUAUAAAAAGUUGUACUACAUUUUUCAAGAGUCCACUAGCAAUAUAUUUGAUUUGUGUGUUCUGAAUGAGAUUUCUCUUGAGAACAAGGAGGAAUGAACACAGCAAUGCUAACUUUCUUACUUUCAGCCAGUAAACUCAUUGUGAUACAGGACAUAUUUUAACUGUGAAGAAAAUAUGAUACAACUACAGUCAUCAGCAUAUUACUGUUGCCGUAUUUGGAAAUGGUCAACGCUGACAGAUACCUGUCUUCUUUCUCUCACCUGCCUUGCUUCUCUUUAACAUGAAAACCGGUUUUCUUGUUAAAAUAGUAAUGUAAUUUAAAGUCAGAUAUUUCUCUUAAUCGUUCAUUAAUGUAGUAACAAUACUUACAUACAAACUGAUGCAUUUACGCAUACAUUUAGACACACAUUUACACAUCCACUUCCAUGUUUACAUAUGCACAUUUAUUUAUAAUUUCAACUGGAUAAUCAAAUACAUAUACACACACAAACACACACUGAUAAAUAAAUGCAGUCACUCCAUUCCCUUAUAUUUUCACACUUAUAUUUAUAUUCACCCUUUCGUGUAUAAAUCAAAAACUAUCUGCUAUUAUAUGUUAA